UCAGAGAAAAAGAGAUCACCAGAGAAAAAGAGAUCAUCAGAGCAAAAGAGAUCACCAGAGAAAAAGAGAUCACCAAGAGAAAAAUUAGAUCAUCAGAGAAACAUAAAGGCCAUCGUCAUGCCAAACUUCUCCAAUACAACAGUUGUUGUUAUCAAAAUGGUAUUGUAUGAAGUCAUGGCCACUACUGGCUUAGUGAUCUUCCUAGCCAAUUCCUUGACUCUUGUAACGUUCUACGUCCACAAGAAUCUCAUCAGAAGAAGCGGAUACUUUCUGCUAAGCGUGGCAGUUGCGGAUACCCUGAUAGGGUUAAGCGCUCUCUUCACUAACACUGCUAAACUUACAGAUUCAUAUCACGGUCUAUUCCGAGUCUUCUGCCGGCUCUUUUCUCAAGUCUCAAUUGCGUCCAUUUGUGGACUUAUCAUAGUAGCAAUAGAAAGGCUAUACGCCACGUAUUUUCCCUUUAAGCAUCGCUGUCUCCAGAAAAGAGUCUUUGCAGCUGGAAUAGCGAUUCCAUGGCUGUUAACUCUAUCCAUUUCUGUCACUUAUAUACAAGAAUAUACCUAUCAAUUUGCCAAGAAGGGAAAGACUGCUGUAUCGAUGGCAGGGCUGGUGGUGAUUUGUGCGGCGUAUGCGGCAAUCUUUAUCAAAGUGAAAAAGCAACACGUACAACACCAGCAAGCAGCCUUGCCAAGAGCUCAGAGGCGAGAGAGGGAGCUCGCCAAGACUUUAUUCAUCGUCACCGUUCUUUCCUUACUGUGUUGGUUGCCGGAUAGUGUGUACCACUUUGUCCCAUACUAUGACGGUAAAAGCGUACAGCACAGGGUGUACCAGUUCCUCAGGCUGAUGAACUCCAUGGUGAACCCUCUUGUCUAUGUGUGUAGGAUGAAGGAGUUUAGAAGAACACUGGGUUACUUGCUUCGAUUGGUGUUCUGCUGUCGCAGGAACAACUUUGUCGCUCCGAAUAGUGAGACAAGGACGGAUAAACACACGCCCUAAUACAAUUACAAUACAACAACAAUAACUUUAUUUAGCGCUAUAUUUACAGGAAGCUGGUAAGGCUGUUAAGGCGGAUGUGGAAUAUAAGUAAAACUACGGUAUAGGAGCACAAGCCACUGAUAGAUAGCAUAAGCAAAUCAAAUCACACCCUGCGCGUAGGAUUGCUGAUAUACCUGAGAUCUGCAAUUUGUUUGGGCCCUGUGUUGUGACCUGUAUGACAAAGAUUUUACUGCACAUCACCUUUGGAUACAAUAGAAAUGCAACUAUUUCACAAAAGGUUGUCAGUGAAAAUGGGUACUAAUAAUUCGUAAAAUUUAAUGAGUUAAAUAAAGUCCUGCAAUGUCAGAGCCAAACAUUGGUAACCUUGAAUGGAUAAUUGUUUUGAUUUAUCCAUAUUCUUCGAGACGCAUGGUUACUUUCGGUAGCGGAACUGCCAUUUGCCAAUCGCCAUUUGUCAUUUGCACUGACAAACUUUAUUGAAAUAGGUGUAUAUGUAUAAUCUUGUUUUUUAUUGCAAAUGCCAUCACAACACUGAUUGGGGCAAGAAAGGUAAGAAGCAUCAUCUGUUGAGGUAGGGGUGGACUUGAGGUGUGCUCCAUUAAGUAGAUGGGGCUGAUUGUCCUAUCUUUUACGUUGUAAAAAUCGUACAAAUACUAUCCCAACAGCAGAGUAAAGACCUAAAUAACAUCCAGGAAAACUGAGAAUGUGCUUGAAAAUUGUUCACUGCCCUCAAUGUGUGUCAAAGUUAGCCAUAUUUUAUUAACAAGAUAAUUUAAAUGAAAUUCAUUAUUUAAAACAACGAUAUCUAUUUAUGCUAUCAUAUUGUUAAAACAAACAUAUUUUGAUGUCAAAUGAGAGGGCUAUAGAAUAUCCAGACUUAACAUUAUAGCAUACUACAAAGACAACACAAUUCUCUAGAUGUAAUUGAAAUGUUCCAUAAAAAUAAAAUGACAUUCAAGACGGAUAAAGGUAUUUUAGAAAACAACACUUAUCUAAAGGAAGCACCAAAAUACCAAAAAAUAAGCACCAAAGUACCAAAAAUAAUUUUUAUAGUUUUACAUUCCUUACACUACACAUGACCACUGACAUGUUUACCUCUAAAAAGAUACCAAAAGUUGUUUAAAUUUACACAUAAGUUUUUUUAAACAAGCAAGGUAUCGACUAUAAUGGCGCAAAGGUUCUUGGGUUAUUGCGCAACUUUGUAUAUAUUGCGCGAAGACAUAGAAGACAGAACAGUUGCAUUUGAUGACUAGGCUACCACAGGUAUCCCAGUAAUUAAACAAUCAAAUUGGCCAAAAUAGAUUAUUAUGAUUUAAGAUAUACGAGUAGCGUUGUUAUAUACGAGGUACCCCUAUGGCGACAAAUCCCCUGUAACAGCACAUGUUAAAACAGCUUUCAAUGAAACGAGUGUUUUUAUAUUCUGUAGCAACACAUUUCCAUAAGUAAGCAAAAAGGCCGCCAGGGAAGUUAAGUAAAUACUCCUGAACAAUAAUUAGUCAUUGAGUUAAAUAUUUAGGCAGCUAAAUUAAAAAGGAAAUUAACUUUGAAAAGAAGGUCAAAACUGAUAUGCGUAACAGUAAAUAUUGGUCAUUGCGCAAAAUA